GGGAGAGGCGGACAUUCUGGUAAUUUUAGCAAAUUUCAGUAUAUAGUCCUGGCUUCCUCUAUGGCCAUACCAAACCCUAGAGCCCUCCAUACGCUUCUCACCACAGGGUUUCACAGCGAGUACUAGGCAGAGUUUCUUCUUCUCGCAAUGGCUCCUAAAGCUGAUGGUUCGAAAAAAGCAGAUCCUAAGGCACAAGCCCUAAAGACUGCAAAAGCUGUAAAGUCAGGUCCAUUAUUUAAGAAGAAAGCCAAGAAAAUCCGGACAUCAGUUACAUUUCAUAGGCCAAGGACAUUGAAAAAAGAUAGGAAUCCCAAAUAUCCACGUAUCAGUGUUACACCAAGGAACAAGCUUGACCACUAUCAGAUUCUCAAAUAUCCCCUUACUACUGAGUCAGCAAUGAAGAAAAUCGAAGACAAUAACACUUUGGUUUUUAUUGUUGACAUUCGUGCUGACAAAAAGAAGAUCAAGAAUGCUGUCAAGAAGAUGUAUGAUAUUCAGGCCAAGAAAGUGAACACCUUGAUCAGGCCUGAUGGUACUAAGAAGGCAUAUGUUAGAUUGACACCCGACUAUGAUGCAUUGGAUGUGGCAAACAAAAUUGGAAUUAUCUAAGGUAGUUUUAAGGCUCUCUCAUUCGAGAUUCUUUUUUCUAAUUUCUAUUUGUAGUAAGUGAACUUUGAGCUCGGUCAUACUGAUUUUUGAAGAUGUAAUAUUUGGUUCGCUACUGAUUAUUGUUCUCAAUUCUCUGGUUACAAGAAGAUUGAAACAUGCAGGCACAGAAAACUUUAUUUA